AUGACCUCCAGCAACGCGUCGCUGCUCGGGGUCCACGCGUCACUGCUCGGGAUCAACGCGUCGCUGCUCGGGGUCAACAGUUCGCUGCUGGAGGUCAACAGGUCGCAGCUCAGUGUCAGCGAACUGCUGCCAGAGGUCAACGCAUCAACAUGUCUGGCGUAUCAGAGGUCACACGAGGUCACACCGCUGUGGGACUCAGCUUUGCUUCACGACUGCGUCUGCCUGCACGACGACAUCACGCCGCUGGAGUACCGCACGUGGCACUGCUUCGAAACGCCGCCAGACCUGCCGUUCCUGACCGUCGCCUGGGUCGGCUACUCGAUCCUCUUCGUCGCCGGCCUCACCGGCAACACCCUCGUCUGCUACGUCGUCUUUUCCGCGACGCGCAUGCGCACCGUCACCAACAUCCUUAUCGCCAACAUGGCGGCCGGCGACCUGCUCAUUGCCUGCCUCUGCAUGCCCUUCACGUUCCUCCACCUGGUCGUGUUCGGCUUCUGGCCCUUCGGGGACGCGCUCUGUCGCGGCGUGUCCUUCGCGCAGGCGGUCUCUGUCUUCGUGUCGGCGUACACGCUCGUGGCCAUCUCUGCAGACCGCUACACGGCCAUCGUGCACCCGCUGGUGUCGCGCGGCUCGCGGCGCAGGACGCGCAUCGUGCUGCUGGCCGUGUGGAUGUUGGCCCUCUCCACCUGCGUGCCUAUCGCCGUCACGUCCCGCGCGGACGUGCCAGAGGCGGAGCGCCACUUCGCCAUGCACGAGCACUGCGUCUGCCAGGAGGUGUGGGAGGGGAACGGGCGGCGCUACUACACGGUGGUGGUGAUGUUGCUGCAGUACUUCCUGCCGGUGACCGUGCUGGCCGUGACGUACGGCAGGAUCGCGCUGGAAGUGUGGGGUCGUAGCUCGCCCUUCAUCAGGAGUCAGGAUGUCAGGGAGAUCAGGCUGGCGCGCGCCAAGCGGAAGACGCACAAGGGCUUUUAG